CAAGAGAGCCCCAAGACGGCCCGAGAGAGCUCCGAUCCGUCGCCAUUUUGGCUCAAUCAAUUUUGGCUCAAGCCCUUCAGACCACACAAGUCGCAUCGAGCUAUUUGUAGUACUGCACACAUACGUGAUAAGGUUAAUCCAUGGCGUUCGAGGCUAUUUCUCACCUUGUUCUAUUUGCUAAUUUCUUUCAGCAGCUGCAGGCUUUGACGCUGCAUGAUGCCGCAGAUGAGGCACUGCUCAGGCGUGCUGGUCAUGGUGGUGCAGCGGAAGAUGCCGACAGCCACAGUGGCAUGGUAGACCUCCAGUACCUCAUGGACCAACACGCCGCGUCGGAGACCGAGCUCCAUGCUCGUGCGGCCGAUACGUGACGCAAGUUUGCUAGUCAGAUGGCCAAUAAUGGAUGCAGCUAUCAAGGGGGCUUGCUGCCUUGCCCCAGUGGCAACAUCUGUUACUACACGGGGCAUGGAAGUUUGAACGUGACGGCCGCGGUAGAGUAUCGCGGGAACAUUAUCAAGACAGUCUUAACCCCCGACCCAGAUGCUGCAGUCGACAUGCCAGAAAUCGUGACGUUCAUGGGGGCUGGCGCCAACGAUGCUCCUGCAAUGUUGAUGGACGUACCAGCGGAAUACCGCAGAACAGCGAAUCCUGUGAUGCUGAAGAUGUUCUUCGUGGAGGACACCGAUCAUGUUACUGAGCAAUGCCCUCAUGACAGUGAGCGCGUGGAGUCCAUGGGGAACAGCUCCGCGUCGUACCAGGUUGAGAACAACACGUUCGCAGUUCCAGCGCAAAACCCAAACACGUUCAUGGGCAUGGCCUUCGAUUUCGACAGCGAGGCACCUGUGGGUCACACCCUUGCCUUCGAGAUCCCUGCCGGGACGGAGAUCGUCUGGGUGAGCCGUGAAGAGAUGGUCGAGGUGCUCCAAACGCAAGAGAUGCCGGCCUCCCUCGAGAGGCGCUUAGAGGCGCAGUUACGCAAAGCUUCUUUGGCCAAGGGGAUGGAUGGCGCGCUCACGCAGAAAGGAACCAGGCGGCGUAGGCGGCGCAGGGCAAGGUGCACGGAUGGACAGAUUGGGUCCAUGGCAAGAGGUGCCGCCGCCGUGGGCGUCGCUUUUCUGGUCUGCGCGUUUACUUUCAUAGGCUGCUUCACGGCGUCGCCGUUCUUGAUGAUGGCCGGGACAACGACGGUGACAAGCGGUGCUUGCAACUGCUGGGCUAACGAUAAUGUUGGGCAGACCUCCUGCGCGUUGCGCUGCGGGCGGCGAGCGGCUGCGAGGGCGCGGUAGCGGUCUCCAGUUGCAGUUGGCGGGCUAGCUGACGAUCAUGAUCCUGCGAUACUGCUGGGGGAA